AUAUUCUUAUCUCCAUAGUAACAAAUAACAUUGUGUAAAAAUGGAGAUUAAACCCAGUUAUACAUUUGUACCUCUUGCACAAAAGAAUUUUGUUGGAAUAAAUGAUAAAACGAUUCAGGAAUUUCUUUCCAAAUGGGGAAUAAGAGGAAAUUUUAUUAUUCAACAUUUUACAUUCAAUGAACCCUUUCAACAAUAUCAUAAAUACCAUUUGGCUGAAGCUUUCUUUCAAGAUAAUAUUGUCACUAAGGAAUUAUUAACAAAACAAAGAAAUUGUUGGUUAAAACAAGGCAUAGUAGCAUCAAGUGUAGAAAUAAAGCCAAUUCCUUGUUCUGUUCUAAACAUGACCUUUUUUAACAAACUAAAGGAUCCCAAAAAUGGAGUUGUACAUAAGUCUGGAAUUAUUUGCAAAAGAUAUGAUAUGGAAAUAGAAAAUUUUUUAAUCUCUGAUAAUCUUAGAGCGAUGUUAUUAGAUGAAGAAUGUCCAGAAUAUAAUUUAUAUUCAAAAGAUGAACGCGAAGAAUUUAUAUUUUGUAUUUUUCAAAUGCUUGUCCUUGGAGGAACAUUGUGUCAAUAUGAGGAUGUUUUAAAUCCAUAUUUAGAAGUGACAAAGGCCAUUUAUAAAGAUUUAGUAAGAGUACAAACGAAUAAAGAUGCAGAAUUGUCAAUUAGUACAAUAGUUCUACAAAUAGUGGCUAAAGAUAACAGAGGACAAGCUUAUUUUCCAUAUGAUCCACAUCAUAAGCAAAACAUAGGAUUUCUGUUAAUUGAUGGUACUACUCACGAAAUCACAACAUUCUUACAUCAGUUUGGAGAAUAUUGUCUUUUACAAUGAAUGUAAAAAGAAUUUACACAUAUAAAAAGAGUUAUAUUAUAAGAAUAUUUUAUUAGUAUAAAACGUUAUUUAUUAUGUAAAUACUGAAAAUUUUUAUUAAUUCAUUACAUUGUAUUGUGCAUUA